AUAUAACACCCCGUUAGCCAAUAGCUUGCUAUGCUUCGUAUGAUAAUCAAUCAUCAGAACAGAGCGUUCACUAAUAGAAUUCACUUGUCAUUCAAUUCGAUCAAUUACGAAUUUUCUCCAGCGCGGAGUAACAGGACAUUUUCUUGCUUGGAUUUUUAAAGCCCGUGCUUUUUGAAGACAGCUCGUGACAAACGCGAUUACCUUUAGUGACGUCACAUUUCAUCCUUACAGGUAGCGGGACUUGCGGCCAUUGAGCGGAGAGAUAAGAUAGAGUUCACAUCAUAGUGAGUGGAGUUGACGAACGAACAUCAUGUAUACUGCUCAAGGAUUACUGUGUGCUUUUUUGGCAAUAACUUUAUUUGCUUCUGGUGAAGCAGUGACAGUUACUGUAACUCCAACAGAAACACAGUAUGUAAAAGUUGGAGAAACACAAACAUUAAAUUUUGUGUUGGAUGUGAAAAUCCAGUUUAUUUUAAAGGGACAAGUAAGCUGGUUUCAUAAAGACAAAGAAGGUAAUGAACAUAAAAUUUCAACCCAAGCAAGUUUGGAAACUGGCAUAAGUGGCAAUGAAUACCAGUUGGAGUUCAAUGCUGAAGAUUUCAUCAAGGGUUCAUUAAUCCUUCUCAAUGUUCAAGAUAAAACUGAUGGUGAAUAUAUUCUUAAGGCAAUGGAACAAGGUGCAGUUGUUCAUCAAGCAUCUGUCCACGUUUCUGUAUUGCAUAACAUCGAGAAAAUUGAACUAAUUUUUGAAGGCAGUGAAGAACCAAUCACCGAGGCUGUAGAUGCAACUUUUGAAGCAGAAGUCAAAAGUGGUAACUCAUUUGUGACUUGCACAACCUAUGGUAGCAAUCCUCAUGCUGCAUUAGAAUUGUAUAUGGAUGAAACUCUUCUGGCUCCAGAUCAAGCUCUCGAUAUACAGGAUUCUGCUUCUACUCGAGCCAGUCCAUCGUACAAAUGUUCUAUCACCGCUCACAUUCGAUUUCUACCCAAACACAAGAAAUUGAAAUGUGUUGCCAAAGUUAAAAUUCCAGAUACUGUAGCUAAUGAUUUUGCUAAUGCAGUGGCCAGUAUUAAUUUGCAUAUUAUUUCAAUUACUCCUCUGAUAAGCUGUCGAAACAAAACAGCUGUUUUGAAAGAUCGUUUUGUUGAACUGAAGUGUGAUGUUUCCUCCCAGAAACCAAUUAAACAUUUGUACUGGGAAGUUGGCUACAAUAACGAAAUAGAAAUUCUCUACCCUGGUAACAAAACUGCCGAUUUAACAGAAGUCAGAAUAGAGGGAGAUGAGGAAAAUAAAAUUGUAACAUUGGAUAUUUAUGAAGCUCAAACUCGCCAUUUUAAUUCAUACUUUUAUCUGAUAGUAGAAUCUACUGACGGAAAGAUUUAUAAGGAAGCAGUUUUUCUCAGACAAGUUAAUGGUAGUGGUGUUGUUCGACCUGUUGGAUUAGUACUUUUUAUAAGCUGUUUGAUUGGAUUAAUUAGUAAAUGGAUGGUGUAAGAGAUUAUUUGUUAGGAUUUUAAUAUGGAAGGUGAUAGAGAUAACAGACGUGUAUCAAGGGAGAUAACUGGAUUUUAAGGACUUGAAAAGAGACUAUUUAGCAGAAGGAAUUGGAUAUCUACUACAUCUGAAUUAAUGUGAAAUAUUUGUGCUAACAGAAAGUGAAAUGUGCUAUUACAUUUCUGAAAAUCAGAAAUGUGUGUGUGUCUAUUUUUUAGUUUUUCUUUCUCAAAACUAAAAAUCAGGAAUAACUGUUUAUUGUAUGUGCAGGCGUAAUAAAGUUGGAGUUAAGAUUAAAGAGGCUAAAAUGAUCUGUAUGUGAAAUUUCUAAAGAAAGGAACGGUUACUUCUGAUCAAUUAAAUUUUGGGAACUGAUACUUUGAAAAUAUAUGUUUGGAAAAAACUCUUUAUUGGGUUGUGGGUUGCCACUAUGUUCAAAUUUCAAAUGGUUGAUCUUAAAGAAUUGAAGAAUGUUUGUGCUCCAUAACCUAAUUAAGAUGGCUAAUCAAAGCAUCCGUUAAAAUCCAGAAUAGUGCUGUAAGGUCCUACAGAAAACAUCUGUGAGAUAUGGAAACAGCUUGCACAAAUGUUGGAAUUUAACAGAAUGCUUUGAAUCCAUUAACAAUGAUGUAUUCUGUGUUUCUUUAUUGUAGUUGUAUAUAAAUUUUUAUUGUGAAUCAUAUUGGAAUUUUUAAAAAAAUAGACCUUUAUUGUUACUUUUAGAAUAAAAUAAUUCUCUUUUUUAAAUAUAUAUAUUUUACAACAUUCCUUAUAUAUCUUUUUAUUGUAUAUUACUUACAUGCGAAUGGUGCAUUUGUCAAUAUACCAAAUCUACUUAGUUCCCACCCUUUAUCUGCCAGAACUAAUGCCAGCAAUGAAGGAGAACUGCCUGCUUCUUCAGACAUGAGGGUCAAAUUAAGGGAGAGGAAUUCGGAUAGUCUACAUAUAUUAUGUGUGUUCCUGUUUUCCAAUCUCUAUUCAGAAAAACCCUAAACAAAAUUUUAAGAAAAAAAUAACAUUCUGUGGACUUGCAAAUUAAUGGUGCUUUCCUUGUUAGAAUUAAUUCCCCUGUCUCAACCUUAUAUGGAUAUAAGUUAGCAUAAGUUGUUAUCAGAAUAAAUUUAGUAUAGAUUGGACAAUGGGUGAAACUCUAAGCAUUUAAUUUCUUGUAUUACCAGUUGGAAGAGGAGGUGUGGAUCUGAUACGAAAAGCCAUUUGGUUUAUUGACAAAUGCCCUUUUUAAUUUUAACCAAUUCAAAUCACCUGCUUAAUUUUAUAUUCUUACCUCAUAAAUAUAUUUUUUAAUUAAGCUUUUUGUCCCAUCAAAUUUUCAGGUUUUUCGAAAUGUUAUUAGAAAUCAACAAAAUAAUCUUUGUACUUAAAAAAAACCAACCUUGUUGGUGUUUAUUCCUAAUAAUAAUAAUUUGAUUACAAUCCAGCUAAAUUCUAUCUUCAUCAAUUUUUAACUAGAUCUUACAUUGGUAUUAUUUUUAAGGUUUUGUUGAAAAUGACUGAAGAAAUCUUACAUAAUGUACAAAUGAAUGUUGUAUACUUUAAGCCAGCAGACUUGUAAUCAAAAUUUUAUUCUGUUCAUAUUAAAUGUUUUGAUACAUGUAUGACUUCAUAUAUUAAAUGUUUUAAUAAAACGUAUUUGUACAGUUAAUGUUGUUGAUAAUAUCAGAAAUUGUUGUAGUAGUGACUUAACUAAUUUGUGUGUAAAAAUUCAAACUAUGGAUAUUCUGACAAUGCCCUCUUUUCAAGAGAGUUCCAAGUCUGAUGGUCAGAGUCAUAGGCGUAGGAGCCGGGGAGGUGGGGGGCAGGAGGGGCAAAUUUUCUAUUAACGUUUAGGGAAAAAUUAUAACUAACUUAUUUCUAUGAGAUCCACACUGCCCGAAAAGUAUUUUCUCGUCUUUUUCUUGUCCAUUGCAUGACCGUAAAUAUGCCCGAAGCUCUCUUAUGAUAUGUAUGCCCCAAAAAACGGUAUUGAUUUCGGGCAAUUUUCUCUUAUGUCCCCCUGAAUUACUUUGAGCUCCUACGCCUAUGGUCAGAGUACGAAAUGGAUUAUACAUUGAGAACAAAGAAAUGGAGUUAUUAUAGUAUAUUUUGGCUGAUAUGGAUUAGGUAUUAUAACCCGCAAUGUUGGAAUAAAAAUCUAUGUUGUUGAAAUAGCACUUUGAAAAUUAGUUUCAUCUCAUGUGCAUAAACAGCCCAAUGGCAACAGAAAUUGUGUGGUAAUUGCCAAAUAAUGAAAGGGCAAUGACUAUUAAACAAAUAUGAACUCUCAGUCACUGAAAAACAAAGUUUUUGAUAUCUAGGGGCUAAAGUUUUUGAGAUUGAAUUAUUUAUCGUAUGUAGUAUGUAAGUAAAUAUAGGUGUGCUUGACUCUUAGUAAUAUAAGUAUUAAAUAAGCUUUUAGUUAUAAAUACUAAAAUAGUUAAAUGGAGUUUGAAAUACAUAAUUAUUACAUCAUGAAUUAUAAAUACCUCAUACUGGGCAUGUCGAUCGCUCCAUCUUGCCGGAUUACAGAAGUGCUAGUCAUUCCACGAAUAUUAUUAACUUAGAUUCAGUGGGAUGAAUUGCUUUGUAAAAUUGAGCUCUGUUCGUAGCAGAAAUGAAAUGUAUUUUACUGUAUAUCCCUUCAUAUACUCUGCAUAUAUUUUAUUUUGCCAUGUUGUAAUAAUAGCUUAAGUAAACUAAUUCUGAUGUUGAUAGAAUUCAACUUAAUAUGCAACCUCUCAUGGCAGCACUAUAAUUGAUAUUACUUAGUUCUGGAGGAAUAAGAAAAUACAUUUCAUUUGAAUAUCUCCGUAUUUUCUUUGAUGAACAGCAAUAAUAGAAUCAUUAUAUAACUGUAAAUGUGUCUUUAAUUUCUGUGGUCACGCUUCAUUUUGUAAUAAAAAUCAUGCCAAUUUAUAUGCAGUUUUCAGGCACUCGCCAGCCUUUAGUGAAUUAAAUGCUUUCUUUAAUAUCUUCAA